AUGUCUAGUGAACCAACUGAUCAACAGGUAACCGAAAUUAGUGAUGAAAGUGGCCAACAGAUUCUCAGUUUAUUGCAAUCUUUACAUGUUAUCUUGCAGCAAGCCCAAGAUCCUAAUACUGGAGAGGUUUUGGUUUUUCUUCAAGGUGAAAAUGGAGAAACAGUUUGUUUACCACCCGAAGCAUUAAAUGCAAAUAUAGUUCAAAUGGAUGAUGGAAGUGGACAAGUUUAUACACUUGCUUUGCCAUCAGAAGAUUCAUCAGUUAUGGUGGUCUCUGAAUCUGAUGGGACAAUUGUUGAAGGAGGAGCGACCCUGAUGACGGAGGAAAAUUUCAUCGCUACAACAACAUCAUCAGCCUCUGAUACUCAAGUUGUUCAAUCGGUUGUUGGACCAUUAAUGGCGACAACUUCAACGGAACCGACAGAAUCAAUGACAACCACCGAGUCAGAUUUAAUUGAAUCAGCAAAUUUAAUAGAUGAAUCAGAUGAAGCAUCAGCAUCAAUAUCCAUACCAACAUCAACAUUAACAUCAACAUCGGUUCCAAUUACAUCAACAUCAUCAACAAGUAUCGCAACAACAAUGGCAACAACCACAACAUCAACAACAUCAAACUUUUCGGAAGCCGAAGCUUCAGCAAUUGCAUCAAUUGUUGAAGGGAUAAAUUCAAUGUCAAAUUGUGAUGAUAUAAACAGUAAACUAAGUGAGGCAGUUAGUAAAUUACAUGAAGAUGCUAAAGAAGAUCUUAUUAUUAGCGAUAAAUCGGAGAUAACUGUUGAUGGGAAUAAUAUGAAUUAUGGGUCAGCUGUGAUUCAAGUUCAAGAUGCAAAUUCGACCACUUCUUUGGAUUCCCUUGUAGCCAAUGCGAUGCUGGCUGCUGGUGAAAGUAAUUAUGUGAUUAUGACAACGGGAGAAGAUGGUGAACUACCGAAAGAAAUAAAUUUAGCCGAUGUAAUAAAUGCUGGUUCGGCUUCUGGACAGACGAUAUUUCUUCAGACAAGUGAAGGUUUAGUUGCAUGUCAAGCGGCGACAACAGGGGAAGAUGGUUCUUUGCAAAUAGUAGCCGAUGGAUCGGGAAAUGCGAUCGCUGUUAGUAGCAGUUCCAAUUUAACACCUUCAUCAUUCUCGGAGACAACUUUAGCUUAUACAUUGUCAUCAACAUCUUCUGGGAUUGAAUUGACACCGGUAACUAACGUUGUAUCGGCAGUGAAUCCAUCGAAUACAUCAAAUAGAAAUAAUCAAGUGACAAGUGUCUCAUCUCGUUCCCGAUUAUCUCGUCAACCUAAACCACGAAGUAACUCGUCACAAGUAUCUUCCUACCAUACACCAACUCUGUCAUCAUCUUCCCAAUCAUCUGCAUCCACAUCUGCAUCUGCGACCACAUCCACAUCAUCUUCGUCUUUAUCAGCAUCAACAUUAGCAUCAACAUCGGUCGCAACCACAGCAACAUCAACAACCAUAGGUGAAACUUUACUUCUUCCCUCGAAACAUUUGGAUUCAUCAACAAGUCUCUCAAUCCAAACCAGUGAUCUCAAUAGCAGUAGUAACAGUAGUCUAAAUAACAACAUUAACAUUAACAUUAACACUAAUACAAAUAGUAAUACAAAUUCUCGAAGGAGAACCUUGACCAGUAGGGGAAGGUCGAAUAUUAGUGUUUCCAUUACCCCAUCAUCGUCAUUAUCAACCACUUCAUCUUCACCCAUCAUCCCAGUCCAACCUGAUGCGAUACAUUCUUCCUCUUCAGAUUUCUCCAACCUAACAAAAUCUUCUGCAUCUGAAACUACAGAUUCUUCAAUUUUGACGGAAGGUGUUUCCAAACCGAGUCAACUGGCUGCUUCUCGACGGACAUACAGCAAGAAGAACAAUAUUGUUUGGCUCAAUCCCGAAACUACUUCUCUAACUAAACGGGCUAAUUCUUCCACUUCAACUUCCUCUCCCUCUUCUUCUUCUUCUUCUACUACUUUAACAACAACAACAACAACAACAAAGGAAAUAGAAACAAAAACAAUUUCUGAUUCUGGUGACAAUUUAAAUGAGGAAAAUAUCGAAGAAAAUGGUCUCAAGAACUUGGAUGACAAUGUUACGACGAGCGAUUCGAAUAUGAUUGAUCUACCUGUUGAUUCUGUCGAUGAUACAACACUGACAACGAAUUCUGAGAUGACUGUUUCUCCGACCUCAUCAUCAUCAUCAUCUACUCUCACCACCACCACUUGUACUCCAGCGACCACAACCGGUGCAACUUCAACAUUUGCUUCAUCUAAACUUAUUGUUAAACCACCGACUGUUUCUAAUGUUCCAACACUUCGAUCAGCCAAAAAAGUUUCUGAGCCAAUUGUUACUAGCGAUCAUAAUGAUACUAAUGAUACUAACGAAACUUGUGACAAUAACAAUAGUACUACAACUCCUUUGAGUCCAUCUAAAUCGUCAGUGGUCAGUAAAGAUUAUUCAAGAGUAAUUUCCAGUAAUGAUAAAAGUUUAUCGACAUCAGGAGUUCCAUCAAUGAUUAAAGUUGGUGCUGUACCUCAACUUGGUCGAGUUGUCACUUCACCAGUAAAAAUAACUUCUCCAGUGAAACCUAAUUCCCCAGUAAAAGUAACAACAACAACAACCACCUUGACCACUACAAACAUAACCACAACUACAACCACAAACACAACAACAUCAACAACAACAUCUUGUAUUCCUCCUCCCAAGAAAAGAGUUAACAUUGCUUUAGCUCAAUUAAACGAUGAUAAUGAUUUGUUUGCUACUCCAUCAAGUCCCGUUAAGUCACCUAAAAAAGAUGAAAAUUCAACUCUAUCAACAAUAACUAAUUCUAAUUCUAAUUCUAAUUCCGAUGAUAAUGUUUCUGUCUCUGCAACAACACCAAGUGAAGAAUCAGUUGUAGAAACUCCAGUUCCAGAGACUCGGAGUACACGAAGUAGCAGUCGACGAAAAUCAGAAUGUGAAGUUGAAUCUUCACCAGUACGAGAAGAUAUUGUAUCAGGUGAUUGUGUAACACCUUCUAAAAAGAAAGUUAAUUUCGCUCUCGAUCAGUUGUCCGAUGAUAAUGAUCUGUUUGUUGCACCUUCGAGUCCAGUUAAAUCUCCUAGAAAAGAUGACAAUUCAACUAAAGAAACGCUUUCUACUUCUGUUGGAGCAUCAGCGACAGCGACAGCGACAGCGACAGCGACAGCAAGUGAUACACAAAAUACGAUUGCAGAGACUCGUAGUACUCGAAGUAGUAGAAAGCGAAAAGCAGAAACUGAAAUUGAAACUUUUUCCAGUGCUGAUGAAUCUUCAAAUCGAGAAGAUAUUUUCUCUGCUGAUUUUGUGACACCUUCCAAGAAAACAGUUACUCUUGGUUCAGCUCAAUCAAACGAUGAUGAUGAUCUGUUUGUUACACCUUCAAGUCCAGUAAAAUCACCGAAAAGAGAUGACAAUUUAGAUACUCCAGUUUCAGAGACUCGUAGUACACGAAGUAGUAGGAAACGAAAGUCGGACACUGAGAUUGAAACAUCUUCAAGUGCGGACGAAUCAUCAAUUCGAGAAGAUGUUUUCUCAUCUGAUUUCGUGACACCUUCAAAGAAGAGAGUUAAUUUUGCUCCUGGUACAUCAAUUGAAGUAAUUCGAGAUGAAGAAAAUGAAGAUGGUGAUGGUGAUGAUGAUGAUUCGGAAUCUACUUCAUUUAUGGGCGAGAAAAGGAAAGAAAAACGUUUAUCUGGACGUAAGAGAACACCCAUAAAUAGGCCAGCCUCAUUGGAGAGUCCGAGUAAAUCACUUUCAUCACCUCAACCGAUACUCAAGAUGAGUAAACGAGUUGUUGAUUCGGGUCCACUAUUGAUGCAUUUUGGAAGUGAUUCUAAUGAUGAUAAUGAUGUGGAUGUUGAUAUGGAUGUUGAUAUGGAUGAUGAUGGAGAAAGAGAUAGUAUUGGGAAGAGAAGGGUUAUUUUGGGUAUUGAUGAUUCUGAGGAAAGAACAAUGAAAGGAUUACUGGAAUCUAGAGGACCAAGUGAAUUUUUCGAUUUUACAAUUAAUGGAUGUUGUUUCCAUAUAAGACAUCAAUCUGGUCGAUUAAGUGCUUUUUCACCUAAUGAAAGUGAUGGUAAUUACGCUUGUUUGAAUAAUUGUGGUUACAGAACAUCUCGAAUGAAUAACAUUAUUUUGCACAAUAAAGAUCAAUGUACAGUGAUUAAGAUGCAAUGGCAAAGCGAGUAUCAACAUCUAAUCAAUAGACAACGUCUAAUGAAUCAAGAUGACUCGACACCAUCAACACCAACAACUCCAACUCAAACAACAACUCCAACUCCAACAACAACAAUAACAACAACAGAAGCCACAGACAAUAACAAUGACUCUGAAUGUACUACAGUAGCAACAAAAUCACCUUCAUCACCAAUUAAAUCUCCAACAAUAACAAUAAAUGAAGAGGGAGUAUUGUCACCAACUCAAUCAUCAUCAUCAUCUCCAAAUUAUGAAACUCCAUUAGCAUCACCACAAGAGAAAGAAACAAUUCCCGAAACAUUAUCAUCAGAAACAGAGGCUGUUGAAGUAACAGAAACAGAAACGGAAACAGAAACAACAAGCACAAAAACAACAACACAGAUCGAAGUCGAAACCGAAACCGAAACUGAAUCAACAGCAGUAGAAGAAACAACAACCCAGUAAUAACAAGAACUAUAAGAAAUUGAAUGAUUGAAUUUCUUUAAUUGAAUUGAUUAUCACCUUUGCACAACAAUCAAUUAUAUCAAUUGAUUGGAAUGAAGAAAACAAAAGUGGCAAACAACUAUUGUUAAUGUCCAACUACAAACCUGAGAAGCUUAAAAAGAGAAACAAUUUACUACAUUAAUCAAAAAGAGAGGAAAAGAAAUUGAUGAAAAUCAAAUUGAAAAUGAAUAUUGUAUUAGAUUGUACUCUAAAUAUCAUAAUAAUUAUAAUAAUGAUAAUCAAGCCAUCGCCAAAACCCAAAGCAAAACCCAAAACCUAAACUCAAAAACUUUAACCAAAUUUGUACAUGAUAAUAAAACAAUUAAUUUUGAUCUUAA